AUAACACUUUACAGUGUUGUUAAAACAGCGUUAGAACAGAAAGGGUAUGGGGUGGGGUCACCUUGGAAGGCAUGGCUCAGAUUCCGGCGACGCUGCGGAAGCAGGUCCCAGCACCACCACCGAGCCACGCCGCUUCCCUCUGGCGGCUCAGCCGGAAAUGAUGCGAGCUGCCGAAAAGGAUGACCAAUACGCCUCUUUCGUUUACGAAGCGUGUCGUGACGCUUUCCGUCACCUCUUUGGUACCAGAGUCGCGGUGGCUUAUCAAAACGAGACGAAACUUUUAGGGCAAAUGCUUUACUAUUUGCUCACAACUGGUUCGGGACAACAAACCCUUGGAGAGGAAUACUGCGACAUCACUCAGGUUGCAGGACCUUAUGGACUUCCUCCUACCCCUGCAAGGCGUGCUCUUUUCAUUGUAUACCAGACGGCUAUUCCAUAUAUUGCCGAACGGAUUAGUUCUAGAAUUGCUUCACGAGGCAUUGUCCUUGCUGAUUCAGACUCUGCUGAGGGUUAUGCUGAAAGUGUACGCAGGACUGGUAGUUCUCAGAUUUCUGGUGCCAGUGAACUUCCUCCUUCAUCCACGCCAGGACAAUCUGUUACAACUUUGACAAGGUUGAAGAGGAAACUGAGUGGAUUUUGGUUGCAUUUGGUUCGGAGAUGGCCUACGAUGCUUCCUUUUGUUCGUGAGUUGUUGCAGUUGGUUCUUCGUGCUAACCUCAUGUUUUUCUAUUUUGAAGGCCUCUAUUAUCAUAUAUCCAAACGUGCUGCAGGCAUUCGGUAUGUGUUCAUUGGUAAAGCAUCUAAUCAAAGACCCAGAUACCAAAUACUAGGGGUAUUUCUGUUGAUUCAACUUUGUAUAAUAGCUGCUGAAGGGCUGCGUCGAAGAAAUUUUACUUCAAUUGCUGGUUCAGUUCAUCAGACAUCCUUGGCAACCCACUACAGCUCAGCAGGACAUGGUUUGCCUGUUUUGAAUGAAGAGGGUACUCUGGCAACUCCAGAUAUCGACAAAGGAAGUUGGGUCUCUGAUUCUUCAUCUUCUGAGUAUCCUGGAACUAGUGGGGUUAGUAAAUGCACACUUUGCCUGAGUAAUCGUCAACACCCAACUGCUACUUCCUGUGGCCAUGUAUUCUGCUGGAACUGUAUCACGGAAUGGUGCAACGAAAAGCCAGAGUGCCCUCUUUGCCGCACCCCCAUAACACACUCAAGUCUAGUAUGUGUAUAUCAUUCAGACUUCUAGAAUCUACUACUCGUCAGCUGCAAUCUUUUGUACAUACAUACAAGCUUCAAAGGCACCAUUUUCUUCUUCAUGAAUCUUACAAGGAGUGUAUGAACAAUUGAACAGUUCAAUUUUGUAUUAGAAUAUAAUGAAAAUUUGAGAAUAUUAAUUUAUCCAACUCAAAACCUUUGGUUACUUUUAUUGUUCAAAUUUUAUUAUGUAUAAAACACAUACGUAUUUUUGUAUGUUCAUUUUAUUUAAAGGAAACAAUUUGAAUAAAAUAGAUAGAAUAUUAAU